AUGAAUGAAUUGAAAAGGAAAAAAAUAAUCAGUUCACUUGAAUCUAAUAAUGAAGAUUUUUAUCACGACGAUCUUUAUGAAUUUACUAAUAAUAAUUUGGAAAAUAGAGAAAAAGUUAAAUUUCCAAAUCAAAACCAACAUAAAAAUCAACAUCAAUAUCAACAUCAAAACCAUGAUCAUGAUCAUAGUAAAACUGAAAUUCUUAAAUCUCAAAAUGAGAAAAUUGAAAAUAUUGAAACAAAAUCCUUGAUAGAAAAAGAAAAUAUUGAAAUCAGUAGUCAUGAAAAUCAAUGUGAAUAUAAUGGCUAUGAGACCAAAGUGGACGAAGUCAAAUAUAAGAAUCAAAGAUUGAUUGAAGGCAAAGAAGAAAUUGAGCCCGAGUUUUUAAAAAAAGCAAAGAACGAAGAAAUUCCAGAUGGAAAUUUCAAUGAAUUGAAUAAUUCUAAAAAUCUCAAGUCAAUGACAGAAAAAAAAAGUACUGGAAAUACUAGAAAUACUAGAAAUAUUAGAAAUACUAGAAAUACUAGAAAUACUAGCAAUACUAGCAAUACUAAAAAUACUAAAAAUACUAAAAAUACUGAAAAUACUGAAAAUACUUUUAAAGUUAACAUUAAAAAUCAGAAUAUGGUAAAUGAUAUGAUUAGUGAAAAUAAAAAUCAAGAGAAAAGAAUGAUUAAUAAAAAGGAAAAAUUAAUUAAUAAAGCAAAAAAAGAAAUGAUUUAUGGUGAGAAUAAACAUGGGGACACUGGAGAUAAGAAUGAUGACCUGGGCAAAUAUAUCAAUAAGAAAAAUCACAUCGAGAUGGAAAAUAAAGAUAAAAAUGUGAUAUUUAGCAGUGAAUGGAAAAGGAAAAUGAUUAAAUUGAAAAUUUUCAAAGAUAAAGUGAGAGAGAAAAUAAUGUUCAAAAGAUUGUCCAGAGCUAGAAAAUUAAAAGAAAUAGGAUUGGAUGAAAAUGAGAUAAAAUCGAGACAAGCUUUGAGGAAAAAGCGAAUAAAAACAUUCAAUGUAUCAGAUGAAGAAAUAAUGAUGAAUCAACAUUUGAUAUUAAAAGCAGAGUUAGCAUUGAAUAAACGGAUGGAAAAAUUGGGGGCAUUGGGGUCAAUUGAAUCAAUGAAAUUAUCUCAGUCAAUCAAGCAUGCAACAAAGGUCAAUUCAAGAAUAAGAAGAAUUAGAAUGGAAAUAAAGAGAAAAAGUGAGAUAAAAAGACAAUUAUACAUUAAAAGCACAUGGAAUAAACGGGUUAGAUUGAGCAAAUUGACAAUGGCCAAAUUUCGAGAAGAGAGUAAGAUUAUCAAUUUAAAUGAUAUUAUGAUAUUAAAAAGAAUGUUUUUUGAUUUAAAGGAGAGAGAGGAGUUUUUCAUGAAAGGCAAUAAAAAAUUCAAUACAUUUUUACUCAAUUACUUUUUGGCAUCAAGUUUGAAUAUGGACAGAAGUAGAUUUGGCUUUGAGAGAGCGAUGUGGAAGAUUGAAACCAUGGACACUGAGAAGCUGGGGAUUGAUUUGGAACUAGACAAAGAGAGUUACAAAUAUUUGAUAAGAGGGGCAUAUGGAAAUAAAGACUUGCAGUUUUUGGUAAGCAUAUUGAUGUACUACUUCCAGAAUAGAAUUCCAGAUGGAUUGAACUAUAUUGAUUAUUACUUUAUAGUUGGAAUAGUGCAUUGCAACUUGGAGAAGGUGGGAGGAUUGAAAGACAACAGCAGAAAGGCCAUUGGUGGUAUUCUAGAAGAGUUUGAUAGAAGAUUUGGGACAGCUGAAGAAGAUAGAAUGUUCCAGCUGAAGUGCAGGGACAUUUGCAGAAAGUUGGGCAUUGUCUGA